AUGGGUUCUGUUUGUUGCUGUUUGCAUGCUGAUGAUUUUGAGGAUUAUUUGAAUCCUGAGAAUUCUGUAUAUAGAAACUGCUUGUGCCUUGGUUGCUUUGUUCAGAAUUUCCUACAUGUGUAUACUUCGAUAUUUCGAAGAGGGCAAGUACAUUCUGUCCCUUCAUCCAUUCAAGGGGCAGCGUCUCUGACUUCUUCUGCAUCUCUUGACAACUCUCUCGCUGACAUGUACCGAUCUCCUCCACGGCCCUUGCCCUAUGAUGCUGACCCCAGAUGCUUUCGCUUGCAGCGUGAUGGUCUGGUUUCAAGACGUGAGAAGGGUUCAAGUCAUGCACACGAGGAGUCAGAACCCUUAAGAAGUGAUAAUGAUGCUGAUUCUGAAUCCUUCGGCACAGGAGACAAACGGAAUGCAUCUGCUUGUGAAGGAGGCAAGGAACAGCAUUCUAGAUCCUCACUAAAGUUCUCAUCAGCAAAAGCAACAGUUGGAAUUGCAUAUGUUUAUUCAUCAUCAGAAGAAGAGGAAGUCUGUCCAACAUGUCUUGAUGAAUAUACUCCAGAGAACCCAAAGAUAAUGACAAAAUGCUCUCACCAUUUCCACCUUGGUUGCAUUUAUGAGUGGAUGGAAAGAAGUGAUAGCUGCCCAGUCUGCGGCAAGGUGAUGGUAUUCGAUGAAACCACAUGA